GUGAAUUCAAACUAGCUAACAACACCACAGCACAGCACAAACCCAGACUGCAGCUUGCACGUUGGAGCCCCACGUGCAGAGACAGCUUCCAAAAUCAUCACAGGCUCAAGGAUAUGUACAUGCUCUGAUGUAUAAGAGUUGUGGACGGAAACGUCCUACACCACUAAGGAAAACACGGCUCAACCUUCUCUGAAUGCUUCCCUGAAGACCCACAGGGCUAACAGCCUGUGCAACAGCAGCAGUAAAGCAAAUGCCCAGACCCCCACUUCCCUUCGUGGGUGGCCACCUGGGAAGGCCACCCCCAUGGCAAUGGCCAUGGCUUCAGAUGACAGCGCCCCUGCCCAAGGAGUUGUCAAGGGAGGCAAUGGCCUUGCUGGAAUUGGAGACACCAAAGAAACUCGCCUUGACUGUGGGAUCACCAGCAAAGCAACCUCUCCUUACUACUAUAGGAUACUCCUUACUCCUUACUGCUACACUCCCUACCCCAGCACAUGACGCUGGUGUAUGACACAUACCCCGACCCUUGCCAUACCACUUCCUUAGCUCAGGCUUUGUUGAGUACUCUGCAGAUGACCCAAUACAAUGGUAUUUUGUAAGAUCACCAUUUGUCUUCAGAGUAACCCCAUUAGCUAUAUCUCCAACAGCAAGGAAACCAAAGGAACUAGGUCAGAUCGUGGAGCUGCCCUACAAGUUAGCCAAAAACUAUGGGCUUCUGAGAUGUGUGUGUUAACAACACCACACCCAAAUCUAACCAGCUCUCCCAAUAAUAGUUCUCUCAUAUGUUACUGAGAAAAUGCCUGUGCAUUUGAGUGUUCUGUGUGCAGGAGGCUGGUCCAGGUUUGACUUCUGCAGGUCACUGGAUGUUUCCACAACCAUGGGACCUUCCCCACAUACACGCCCACCCCUUCUCAUUUUCUGUCUAUACCCACAUCCACUGGGCCCUCACAGGGCACCUACUAAUGCCCAAAACCUAAAACCAUCUCCUAGUCCCAGUUCCCCAAAGAGCCCUAAUUUGUUCCUCUGCUGGGAUGAAAUCAGAGCUACUUCCUCAAAUGGUGAAAUUCCUGGGCCUGCUAGAGAUCAGGAACUCACUACUUCCUCAGAGUGACAGCGACCGCACUGCUCUGGAACAGCAAUCAUCCCUAACAAGACCUGAGACACCUCAUCCCACCUUAAGAUUACUGAAAACACUUUCACUCUUACUCCUAGACAAUUAUUUAGCCUCAAAGUAUCUAAUUGCCAAGCAGGAGACAACUAUCCCCUCUAGGGCACCCCGUGCUUCCUGUACUUGCUUAACUCAGGAGAAUCCAGCAACACCUGACCUGCUUAGCAAGACAAGCCCAGGUGGUAUUCAGUCUCACCCAGGUGUUCACCAACAUCUCGGCUUGGCUGAAUGGCUUUGAUGUGUAUUGUAGACCCCAGGGCCUGCACAGGCUGAUUGAAAACAAAAUCCCAAACCCUCCUCAGUGUGAAGGUUAGCACUUUUUUCCUAGUCUCCUUACAGAGUGUAUACUACAGUACACAAGCUGUCCUUUCCUGGUGGCUUUAAAUAUUCCCUCGGUCCAGGUAGUUCAGCCUCAGCCACCAGCAUAGGCACUGUGGGCUCAAUUGUCUUAGGAGUCAUGGAGAAUCCAAAGUUGGUUGCUACUUGGACCUGGCCAGGGCUGAUGAAGGUAAAUGAGAGGUCCUUCUGUGGAUGCCUGUUUGAACCCAAGCUUCACACCAAAUUUCUCAACUGUCCUUGUCACCAGAGUUAUUUAAUGUACCCAACAGAAAAUAACCCUGGAAAUUAGGACACCUGAGCCCCAAAGACCUAUAAACAGGGGAAGUCUUCUCUGGGAUGUGCACAGCUGCUCUUGCUGCAUAAGACCCGGAACACAGGACUGCUGUCUGCCCUCUCUGCUCGCCCUGCCUAGCUUGAGGAUCUGUAAGUAACACAAAAUUUAAACUUUCACAUUGAGGUUUCAACAUUGAACCUGUGCCCCCAAUCUGAACUGUGACUCCCGGGCCACCCCAGAGGGACCCAGCGGGUGAAUCCCCUGCUGUGAACAUCUGUCUGAAUCUCUGGUGGCUGCUGGGGGCAUUGGCUACCCAGCUAAGUUAACAGAGAAACUCAAGCAGUUUCCUUCUAAACACACGUGUCCUACUUGGUAUGUCCAAUAAAGAUGAUCAUAGCUCUUUAGAACAUUCUUUUGAGAGAAGUCUAUUCAGGUCAUUGGUCUGUUUUCCAAUCAGGGUAAUUUUUAUUUAUUUUAUUUUUUUUUUUUUGCUAUUGAGUUGUUUGACUUCCUUAUGUAUUCAGAUAUUUACCCUUUCUAUCAUGUAGCGUUUGCAAAUAUUUUCUCUCAUUUUCUGGAUUGCCUUUUCACUCAGGUGAUUGUUUCUUUUGCUAUGCAGACGCAUUAGCAUUCAAUGCAUCUCCACUUGUCUCUUUUCCCCCUUGUUGCCUGUGCCUUUGGUGUCAUAGCCAAGAAAUCAUUACCCACAGCAACACCAAAGCUUUAUCUUCAUCUGUUCCUCUCAUCAUUUUAUGGUUUCAGGUCUAUGCUUAGGUCUUCUAAUCAUUCUGACUUGAUUUUUCUACAUGAUAUAAGAUAAAGGUCCAAAUUUAUACAUAUAUCAACUCAUAAGGUAGUAUACAUUACACAUAUAUAAUUUUUGUCACUCACACCUAAAUAGAGAUGGAAAUAAUACACAUUUUUAGCCUUAGACGACUGUUUAUAUCACUGAGCUUGUUUUACCUGUAGCCUGGUGAGGUCAUUGUCCUCUCUACCCUGGCCCCUACAGGAGACUCCUCACCCCAUAACCUCAAAAACCCCUUCAUGAGGGUGAUAAUGACUUCAAAGCCUGCAAUGAAAAACCACUGAGUCCAGGUCUAGACUUCCAGAGAAGAGUAGAGCCCAUCUUCACAAAGUAAGAGGCAUUUGUUCCCUGAAUUCAUUGAAUGAAAGCACUCUUUCUUUUCAUAGUGUAAGAGAAAAUAUUUAGGCAGCUGAAAGCAGGAAAACAUGGCAGGGUCCUCAACACCAUCAUCAACACCAACCUAGCACAGACACUCAACAUAGAGAUGCAUGCUAGAACGAAAGCUGGGAGAGCAGAGAAGGAAAGGAGGGACAUUGAGGCCAAUGGAUACCCACACCCUCUCCAAAGAAAUGUCCACCUCCUCUGACUGAGAAGGUUCAAGAAGGUUUCUUGUCUCUGAGCGUUCUCCCAGCUAUAACUCUAGGUAGGCUCCUCCCUCCCCACACAUCUGCUCCUGCUCUCCCUCCUCCAGGUGACCCCAGCCAUGAGGACCCUUGCUCUCCUUGCUGCCAUUCUCCUGGUGGCCCUGCAGGCUCAGGCGGAGUCACUCCAGGCAAGAGCUGCAGCCCAGGAGCAGCCUAGAGCAGAUGAUCAGGAAGUGGUUGACUCCUUUGCAUGGGACAAAAGUGCCACUCUUCAGGUUUCAGGCUCAACAAGGGGCUUGGUCUGUUCUUGCAGAUUAGUAUUCUGCCAGUGAACAGAACUUCGUGUUGGGAACUGCGUCAUCGGUGGUAUCAGCUUCACAUACUGCUGCUCGCUUGUAGAUUAACGUUCUACUGUCCAAGAGAAUGUCAUGGGGGGAAAGUCAUCAUUGGUGGUGUGAGCUUCACAUGCUUCUGCAGCUGAGCUUGCAGAACAGAGAAAAAUAAGCUCAUAAUUUGCUUUGAGAGCUACAGGAAAUGGUUGUUUCUCCUAUACUUUGUCCUUAACAUCUUUCUCGAUCCUAAAUAAAUAUCUUGUAACAAGAUUUCUUUGUUUACACCCUCUUUAAAGUUUGAAAUGUGUGUGUGUCAAGACACUAGAAAGCAACUGCCAGGAUCCUACAUUAAGAUUUUGAACAAAUUAAAGUUCCAAAAUCUAGAAUUUUUAAGGAGCCAUGGCUUCAGACACAAAUUGAAACGAAGGCACAAAUGAUGCUGCUGAUCUCACCAUCCACUGCUCUGUCUUUCUACUCUGCCUCAUUUUGAAUGGAUUCACUCUCAAAGACAAGUCUUAUAUGCUAGGCAAAAGAAACAAUGUCAGCUUCCAGUUUAGCUACUCACAACCUCACUAUUUCUCGGGAAAAACCACCAUCCUCUGUGUCAAAAUAUUGGAGUUUUAUUGAACGUGUCCAGGUCACACAUUUGCCUUUUAAGACAUAGGGUUACAGGAGAUCCACUGAAACAACUUUAAUUAAGAGGGAAAUGAGUUGUUGGCAAAGGCAGGAUGCAUGGAACAGAAAGCACAGCAGCCCACACCGGGGUGUCCUUAUUUAGAGCACCCUCCAGCCACGUCUACUAAGACCUGGAUUUCACUCCCAUAAAGUCGUCUUCACACCCAGAAAACCCACACGCACAAAUGUUCCACUGCACUUUGCAACGUGCACUCUCUUCGGUUGCCUGAAAGCUGCUGAGAACCUGAUUCUUCUUGGAAAAUACAGCUUCAAAGGGACAAUGGGAAAAAUGAAGAAAGGAAAAACAUUUCAUCAGAAACCUUCCG